CGGGCCGGAAGUGCCUUCGCGUAGGCCUUAUCCCCCCGCGUCAGGUGACGGGAUCACGCGGAGGAGGCUCUGGAGCCGCCGCAGCCGGAGCCUGACUGACGUGACGGGCGGUAGACGGAGCGAGCGAGUGAGCGCGCGCUGAGGAGCUCGGCUAGAAGGCUGCUUUGGCCUUGGCUCUCUGUGGACGGCUGAAAAUGGCCAGCAAAGGGCCCACGACCUCGACGUCCCCCGAGAACUCCAGCGCGGGGGGUACGAGCGGCAGCAGCAGUAACGGCCCCGGCGAGAACGGCAGUCAGGACAGCACUUUCGAGUGCAACAUCUGCUUGGACACGGCCAAAGAUGCUGUCAUCAGCCUCUGUGGCCACCUCUUCUGUUGGCCAUGUUUACAUCAGUGGUUGGAGACCAGACCAAACAGACAGGUGUGUCCAGUGUGCAAAGCUGGGAUCAGCCGAGACAAAGUGAUCCCUCUGUACGGAAGGGGCAGCACCGGGCAGCAGGACCCCAGAGAGAAGACGCCUCCCCGGCCUCAAGGACAGAGACCAGAGCCUGAAAAUAGAGGGGGAUUUCAAGGCUUUGGCUUUGGAGAUGGCGGCUUCCAGAUGUCUUUUGGGAUCGGAGCCUUUCCUUUUGGGAUCUUUGCCACAGCGUUUAACAUAAAUGAUGGGCGGCCUCCUCCAGCUGUUCCCGGGACUCCCCAGUAUGUGGAUGAGCAGUUCCUGUCACGGCUUUUCCUGUUUGUGGCCCUGGUGAUCAUGUUUUGGCUUUUGAUUGCAUAACCAUUUGCCUGUGGCCUGGGUAGUGGGCACCAGCAGGGCCUCUGACCUGGUUACCACCCCUCACCCACCCCCCUUGCAUCCCUCACUACCUGGCUCCUGAGCUCACCCCGGGGCCCAGGAAUCAAUGGGGUCAGAGAUACAGGGAGGACCCUGGCUUCCGGGAGCAGAGCUUUGGCAUGAAAUGAACUAGAUUUUGGUUGUGAGUCCACAUCCCUUGUGGUCCCACUCCAGCCUCGCGCCCUGCGUGAGCAGUGUAGCCACUUAGAGACCCCAAGCCAGCCGGCUCAAAGGGGACUGACGUGAGGCAGCGAGGCGCUGGGAGAGAGGAGCCCCCGGGCUGUUAUCUGCACACUUCUCAAAAGUAAAGGGAAUGCACCAAAGGGGGUUCUUUGCAACUGUGGACUUCAUCUCCUUAGACUCUGCAAAACACUAUGUCCAACAGUAGUCUGUUCCUGACUGCAUGUGUGGGCCACCUAUGCACAACAGCCCGAGGCCGGGGCCCCGGGCUCACCUUCUGCGCCCAGCCUCCCGUCCUGUCUUCCUCCCUGCUCUUCCUUAUGCUUCCUCAGAUGAGCCCAGGGCCGGCAGCAGCGCUGUCUGAAUCAGCACAGGGUAUCUCUGGUAGCUUGGCGCAUUUGAGCGGCUUCCUACUGGGCUCAGGCCUCGGAGAGGCCUUGGCCGCCUUCUUCCCUGGUAGAGCUGGCUGGCUCUGCUUGUGGGCUUCCCGUCCCCUUCCUGGGAAUUGUAGCCAGGCUGGCCUCUCUACCAGGAGGGGUAAUGGUGAAGGCUUCCCCAGGCCCCAGAGACAAACCCAAACGUGAGGGGAAAUUCAAGCCACUAAAAUUCUUUCCAAGGUUUAGUUCAAGCUUCAGUUAUUUGCAUCUCUCCCAGAAGAAGAAAACGGGCGUUCCUGUAGCAGCCAGUCUGGGGCCCUCCAGCCCCGCAGGGUAGCGACUCAGCGCCAGCCCUGGCUGAACCCGUCCUGCAGACAGCCCAGCAGGGACGCUGCAGGAGGUCGCUGUGGGCUUACCAAGCGAUGAGCUCUGUGUCUGUCCCCUGGAACCUCUUGGGUAAAUGCUGUCGAAAGAGAGGCUUCCUGAUGGCUGCCAGUCUUGGGUGACCCCUGCUGCCUCCGGAAGGGAGAGGUGUGCCUUCGACUUGUUAAUGAGUUCCUUCCCUCCUCAUACCUCUUCAUUCAGAAUCUUGGGAAGAAAGGUACCUCGGUAUAAUCAUUG